UUCAGGGGGUGGAUCUCUGAAGCAAGAGUUCGUCUCUCUGUAGUCUGAGGAUUAAUGGACGGCUGUUGAUUUUGGCAAGUAAGCCACAGCUGAUCGGAUCUGAAACCUGAGAAAUCAUCGGACCUUAGCUCAAGGAAAGGGAGGGGCUGCUAUCGAUUUGCAAUAAUAAUUACUUGGAAAAGUGGAUAUAUAAGAUUUUUGUGUUGGAAUACAUUGGAAAGUAAAGGGCCUUUAGUGGGGUCUGCAAGUGACUGAAUGAUAGAUAGUUAGCUAGGAAGCCGACGAUAGCUAGCGAGCCAGCCAGGCGCGCCGAACCGGUUCGACGUUCUUGAUUGUACCAGGUAGAGCUAAGCAACAUUCGCUACCGAAAUAGAGGGAAAACCGGCUAGCUAGCUAGGUCGUUGGCUAGCCGUUGGCUGGCCAGCUAGCUAGCCUGUGCAGCUAGCUAGUUUACCCCCCGGGAUAAAGGAAAAGUAGUAGCGGAGUACAAUUGACUGUUGCCUAGUUAGCCAUGAUAACAGCCAGCUAGUAGCCAGCUUCCUCAAAUACAGAACUAAAAGGGCUCGUGAACUCAAAAGUAUCCCAGAUCCAAGGGAUCCCUAUCGGCCUGCAAUCAUGGGCAACGCGCCCACCGCCAAGAAGGGCAACGAGAUGGAAAGUGUGAAGGAGUUUCUUGCCAAAGCCAAAGAGGAUUUCCUCAAGAAAUGGGAGAAUCCAGCGCAGAACACCGCGGCCUUGGAUGGCUUUGACCGGCUGAAGACCCUGGGCACGGGCUCGUUUGGUCGAGUCAUGCUGGUCAAGCACAAAGAGUCGGGCCAACAUUUUGCCAUGAAGAUACUUGACAAACAGAAGGUGGUGAAGCUGAAGCAGAUAGAACACACACUGAAUGAGAAACGCAUCCUGCAGGCCGUCAGCUUCCCCUUCCUGGUGCGGUUGGAGCACUCUUUCAAGGACAACACUAACCUGUAUAUGGUGAUGGAGUAUGUCCCUGGCGGUGAGAUGUUCUCACAUUUAAGGAGAAUUGGCAGGUUCAGUGAGCCCCACGCCCGCUUCUACGCCGCCCAAAUUGUUCUGACCUUUGAAUACCUUCACUCACUGGACCUCAUCUACCGAGAUCUGAAACCAGAGAACCUGCUCAUUGAUAACCAGGGAUACAUACAGGUAACAGAUUUUGGUUUUGCAAAGCGAGUGAAGGGCCGGACCUGGACGCUGUGUGGCACUCCGGAGUACCUGGCCCCUGAAAUCAUCCUUAGCAAAGGUUAUAAUAAGGCGGUGGACUGGUGGGCUCUGGGCGUGCUGAUUUAUGAGAUGGCUGCUGGCUAUCCUCCCUUCUUUGCUGACCAGCCCAUUCAGAUCUAUGAGAAGAUUGUAUCAGGGAAGGUGAGUACAGAGUACAUCAGACAGAAACCCAGAUUACACUCUUCCUUUAAGACCUGCUUUCAGUACCAGUCAGAUAAGGCAGUUUACAGUGCCUUGCGAAAUUGUAAUUGA